GCCAGGACGCAGGCGCAACCCAGUGCUGCUGCGGGAUCCUUGUGACCCUUCCGGUCGGUAUAACCAAUCAGUUCACAGAGAAGCGGGGCGGCACGAGAGGAGCUGAGCGAACACGGAGGGCCACCGCUGCCGCCACUGCCUCGGCAGGGGCGUGGAGGGCAGGGGGCGGCCAAGGCCUCAGUCGCGAACAUGGCUCAGAGCAGAGACGGCGGAAACCCAUUCGCCGAUCCCGGCGAGCUAGACAACCCCUUUCAGGACCCUGCUGUGAUCCAGCACCGACCCAGCCCGCAAUAUGCCACACUUGACGUCUACAACCCUUUUGAGACCCGGGAGCCACCACCAGCCCAUGAGGCUUCUGCCCCUACCCCAUUGCCUCCAGCCUCAGCUCCCUCCUUGCAGCCCUCAAGAAAGCUUAGCCCCACAGAACCCAAGAACUAUGGGUCCUACAGCACUCAGGCCUCAGCUGCAGCAGCCACAGCUGAGCUGCUAAAGAAACAGGAGGAGCUCAACCGGAAGGCAGAGGAGUUGGACCGGAGGGAGCGAGAGCUGCAGCAUGCUGCCCUGGGGGGCACAGCUACUCGACGGAACAAUUGGCCCCCUCUACCUUCUUUUUGCCCAGUUCAGCCCUGCUUUUUCCAGGACAUCUGCAUGGAGAUCCCCCAAGAGUUUCAGAAGACCGUAUCCACUAUGUACUACCUCUGGAUGUGCAGCACUCUGGCUCUUCUCUUGAACUUCCUCGCCUGCCUGGCCAGCUUCUGUGUGAAUGGCAGUGGCACAGACUUUGGACUUUCUAUUCUCUGGAUCCUUCUCUUCACUCCCUGCUCUUUUGUCUGCUGGUACCGCCCCAUGUAUAAGGCUUUCCGGAGCGACAGUUCAUUCAAUUUCUUCGUUUUCUUCUUCAUUUUCUUUGCCCAGGAUGUGCUUUUUGUCCUCCAGACCAUUGGCAUCCCAGGUUGGGGGUUCAGUGGCUGGAUCUCCGCUCUGGUGGUGUUAAAGGCCAAUACGGCUGUAGCUGUGCUCAUGUUGCUGGUGGCCCUGCUCUUCACUGGCAUCGCUGUGCUGGGAAUUGUGAUGCUAAAGCGGAUCCACUCCUUGUACCGUCGGACAGGUGCCAGCUUUCAGAAGGCCCAGCAAGAAUUUGCUGCUGGUGUCUUCUCCAACCCUGCAGUGCGAACUGCAGCUGCCAGUGCAGCUGCUGGGGCUGCCGAAAAUGCCUUCCGGGGCCCGUGACCCCUGACUGGGAUGCCCUGGCCCUACAACUCAAGGGAGCUGACUUAGCCCCCAUCCCUAAGGUCUCUGGGACUUGGAGAGACAUCACUACUUGAUGGCUCCUCUGUAGCGCCCCCAACCCCAUGACCAUGACUGCUGAACCUGACUUGGGGUGUGGGGAGUCCAUUGUGACCCAGUCACUACUUGCCCUUGCCCCCCCAUCAGGCCACACUGCUGCCACCUCUCACACCCAACCCAGCUUCCCUCUGCUGUGCCAAGGCUGUUGCUUCGGUUAUUUAAAUAAAAAGAAAGUGAAACUGAAACUCA